AUGCAGCACUAUGGAGUGAACGGUUACUCCCUCCACGCCAUGAAUUCGCUGAGCGCCAUGUACAAUCUCCAUCAGCAGGCAGCUCAGCAAGCCCAACAUGCCCCUGACUACAGGCCCUCGGUGCAUGCCCUCACCCUGGCAGAGAGACUGGCCGGCUGUACAUUUCAAGACAUCAUUUUGGAGGCACGUUAUGGAUCCCAGCACCGCAAACAAAGGCGAAGUCGCACAGCCUUCACUGCCCAACAGCUGGAGGCACUGGAGAAGACCUUCCAGAAGACUCAUUACCCAGAUGUGGUGAUGAGAGAGCGGCUGGCUAUGUGCACAAACCUACCUGAAGCCAGAGUCCAGGUUUGGUUCAAGAACCGGAGAGCCAAAUUCCGGAAGAAGCAGCGCAGCCUGCAGAAGGAGCAGCUGCAGAAGCAGAAGGACUGUGAAGGGAGCCACAGUGAGGGAAAGACGGAGCAGCCCAUGCUGGAGACCCAGGCUACCACCCCGGACACCGAGAAGGUCCAGAGCCUCCCAAGUGAGGUAGGCGCGGACCUCAACCUAACCCUGUCAGAGCAGUCAGCCAGUGAGUCAGCACCUGAGGACCAGACCGACAGAGAGGAGGAGUUUAAGAGCACCUUGGAUGAAGCUAAAGUGGACAAGAGCCCUGGUGUGGAUAGCAAGGCUUUGAACUGCAAGAGAGCGAGCCCAAAAGCAGAGUCCCCUAUCAGCGCGACUGUGACACCUUCAUCCAGCAGUGGCCUGGCUCAGACUCACUCCUACUCCUCUUCGCCCCUGAGCCUCUUUCGCCUGCAGGAGCAAUUCCGCCAGCACAUGGCAGCCACUAACAACUUGGUCCAUUACUCCUCCUUCGAAAUGGGGACACCGUCUGCCAUGCCCUACUUGGGCAUGAACGUCAACAUGGCGCCACUGAGCUCUCUGCACUGUCAGUCAUAUUACCAGUCACUCUCCCAUGCUCAGCAGGUCUGGUCCUCACCCAUCCUGCAGGCCUCCAGCUCACUUCCAAGUCUGAACAGUAAAACAACGAGUAUUGAGAAUCUAAGGCUCCGGGCAAAGCAGCACGCGGCGUCCCUUGGGCUUGACACCCUACCCAACUGA